CCUCUCCCAACCAAUCAAAAUUCAUUUAUUCCCCAAUGGAUAGAUGUCUCUUUGUUUUCCCUUUUUUUUUUUUUUUCUUUAAUCGUUUACACCCUUCAUUUAUUACGCCCAUCCCUCGAUAUCAUUUGGGUAAUGAUUAGGGGGAAAACCCUAGAAGAUUAUGAUGCAAAUCAAUAUUAGAAUUAACCCAUUUCGUUAAUUACAGUUUCUGUUAUUGAGAGAGACCCUUGUUGAUCUCCAUUUGACCACUUCAAAUCCAUCCAACUGUUUCUUGAUUUCUUCUCUCUCUCCCCAUUUAGUCCAGCUCCAAAGCUAUCCCUCCUCUCUCCCCUCUCUCUCAUCAACAACAUUCAGUCCCCUCCAAGAAACCAGAAGAUUCCACAAAUAAAGAAAGGGGCACAGAAAAAAAGUAGCCUGCCACCAUCAAACCCCAUCCCACCCCUUUUUUUUGCCUUCUCUAUCUUCAGCUUCAACCCAAAAUACCCAAUUAGGCAAGAAACAAUCCAAACCCUAGAUUUUUCCUCCACAUUUCAUCAAACCCACAAGGGAAAAAUCAAAACCAUAGCCAGAAGAACAUCAGAAAAGAAAUCUAGGGUUCUGAUUCAUAUCCAAGAUUUCCCAAGAAAAUGAAGCAAUUGUCCCACAUUGACAAUACCCCUUCUACCCCUGGCAAGUUCAAAAUGGAGAAAUCAUACAGGCUCAGGUUUCAUUCUCCUCUAGCCAAGCUCACCUUCUGGUCCUUUGUGUUCUUGGGUCUAAUCCUGGUCUUCUUUUUCCGAUCCCCAUCCUCCUCCCCGCCGGCCCCCUCAGAUCUCUCCCGCCGCUCCCUCCGGACCCACUCCUGGGGCGGACCCGCCUGGGAGAAGCGGGUUAGGUCCUCCGCCCGGGUCCGAUCCGAGCACGGGAUCUCCGUCCUCGUCACGGGGGCCGCCGGGUUCGUGGGAACCCACGUGGCAGCCGCCCUCAGGCGCCGGGGGGACGGCGUCAUCGGGCUCGACAACUUCAAUGAUUACUACGACCCGGCGCUCAAGAGGGCACGCCAGGCCCUCCUGGAGCGAUCCGGGGUUUUCAUUGUGGAAGGAGAUAUCAAUGACAUGGCACUUUUGAACAAGUUAUUUGAGGUUGUGGCGUUUACCCAUGUGAUGCAUUUGGCCGCCCAAGCUGGUGUGAGGUACGCAAUGGAAAACCCUAGCUCUUAUGUUCAUAGCAAUAUUGCUGGUCUUGUUAGUAUUCUAGAAGUGUGUAAAUCAGCAAACCCACAGCCUGCAAUUGUGUGGGCAUCAUCUAGUUCUGUAUAUGGACUCAACACAAAAGUUCCGUUUUCGGAGAAAGAUAGAACUGAUCAGCCUGCUAGUUUAUAUGCUGCAACCAAGAAAGCUGGUGAGGAAAUUGCACACACUUAUAACCACAUAUACGGGCUGUCACUAACCGGGUUAAGGUUUUUCACGGUUUAUGGACCUUGGGGGAGGCCGGAUAUGGCUUACUUCUUCUUUACCAAGGAUAUGUUAAAAGGGAAGUCAAUACCCAUCUUUGAGGCCGCGAAUCAUGGGACUGUUGCCAGGGAUUUUACAUACAUUGAUGAUAUCGUAAAGGGUUGUUUGGCGGCAUUGGAUACGGCGGAGAAGAGUACUGGAAGUGGGGGUAAGAAGAAGGGGGCAGCUCAAUUGAGGGUUUUUAAUUUGGGGAAUACAUCACCGGUGCCAGUUUCAGAUCUUGUGAGCAUUUUGGAGAGGCUUUUGAAAGUGAAGGCGAAGAGGUCAAUUAUGAAGUUGCCAAGGAAUGGGGAUGUGCAAUUCACGCACGCGAAUAUAAGCUCUGCUCAGAGGGAGUUAGGGUAUAAGCCUACGACAGAUCUUCAGACGGGUUUGAAAAAGUUUGUCCGGUGGUAUCUGAGUUACUACGGUUCUGGAAAGAAGAGUUCCCAGUGAUAUAUUCAUUCAAUUGUGUGGUAGGGUGUUUGUCAAUUCUUAUUCGUUUCGAUUCAUAUGAUUGUUUUUUAACUUGUCUCUGUUCUUUUUUCGAUUAUUUUGGUACGUACAUCUAUAAUGAUGCCAUACGAGGGGAGAAAUUUGAAUUCCACGGUGAAGAAGUUCUUUUUGUUGGUGGACAUGGGCAUCCUGAGCUGUAUCAUAAGAAAUUCAGAACCAACCAUCUCCUAAUAUACUGGCGAUUGUAACUGUUGUAGUUUUAUCAUUGUAGAGUUCAAAACUAAUAGAACAUUGGCUGAUUGGUGGACUUGUAUCGUCUCUAUGGAACAGCAAUAAAAGAGCACACGGUAGCUUUAGAUC